AUGGCCCAGCAGAGGACCGUCCGGGUGUCCCUGGACUCCCCCUCCUAUGCCGUCUGCGUGGUGGGCACGGAAACCUUGGUUGACAUCUAUGGGUCCAUGCCCAGGGGCGCUACCUCCUUUGCUGUUAGCGGGAGCUCUGCUGUGGAGAUCAUCAUGGUCUACAAUCCUGAGGUGAUGAGGAAGCCCACAGACACAUCUCGAUGGCCCCUGGACUCAGAGGUGGAAGUGGUGGUGGCCAUGGAUGCCCCAAGCUCUCAGAUCAAUGAUGCCAAGGUUCGAAUAUCAUAUUAUGGACCCAAUGGAGACUCUGUCCUAGCCCAGGCUGUACUGAUCCUCACUAGUGUUGACAUCUCUCUGGAAGUUGACACAGGCCGUACCGGCGUGGUGCAGAAGAGCAAAGUGGACAAGAAAACGUGGAGCUGGGGCCCCAACGGUCACGGUGCCAUCCUGCUGGUGAACUGCGACCGGGAUGAUCCCAGUUCCCAGGACAUCGACUACAACAAGACCAGUAUACACACCAUGGCAGACUUGCAGGACAUGUCUCUAAUGGUCCUCAGGACAGAAGGCCCGGAAGCCCUCUUUGAUAACCACCAGCUGGUUCUCCACGUCCCCAUGUCAGAUGCUGACAAAGUGGGUGUUUUUCAUGCCACUGGUGGAAACUCUCUCUCCCAGUACAAGCACGUUCUGGGACCUCGAAAGUUGUCUUAUAUCGUGAAACGGGAGCCGGGGGAGAAGGAGACGACUUUCUACGUGGAGGGGUUGGCCUUCCCCGACUCCAACUUCUCUGGCCUGGUCUCCUUCAGUGUCACCCUGCUGGACAUUGCUGAUCAGGAUUUCCUCAAGUCUCCGAUUUUCACCGACUCAGUGGUGUUCCGGGUGGCUCCUUGGAUCAUGACCCCAAACACCCUCACCCCGCUGGAGGUAUUCGUGUGCAGCCUCGAUGACAGUGGUAGCUCCAAUGUCGAGUUUUUGGAGGCUGUGGCCUACUUGGCACUGAAGGCCAAUUGCCAAUUGACCAUCUGUCCCCUGGUGGAAAAUCGGAAUGACCGCUGGAUCCAGGAUGAGAUGGAGUUUGGCUAUGUUGAAGCACCUCACAAAUCCUUCCCUGUCGUCUUUGACUCCCCCAGAAACAGAGGAUUGAAAGACUUCCCCUUUAAAAGGGUCCUGGGUCCAGAUUUCGGUUACGUGACUCGGGAGCCAGAGACCGGGCAAGCCUCCAGCCUCGAUUCCUUCGGCAACCUGGAUGUGAGCCCCCCGGUCAGUGUCCGUGGGAAGGAGUACCCCCUGGGACGGAUCCUCAUCGGCAGCAGCUUCCCCAAGACAGGUGGCCGGCGGAUGGCCAAAAUCAUCCGGAACUUCCUCUACGCGCAGAAGGUCCAGGAGCCCAUAGAGCUGUACUCUGACUGGCUUUCUGUGGGUCAUGUGGAUGAAUUCCUGACCUUUGUCCCUGCCCCCGGCCAAAAGGGUUUCCGGUUACUUCUGGCCAGCCCCAACGCCUGCUUCAAACUGUUCCAAGAGAAGAAGGAUGAGGGCCAUGGAGAUGCCGCCCAGUUUGACGGAUUGAAAAUAGUAAAGAAAGUCACCAUCAAUGAGAUCCUGGAGGAUGAGUCAUUAAGAAGCGACAACCAAUACGUACAGAGCUGCAUCGACUGGAACCGAGAGGUUCUGAAACGGGAACUCGGCCUGAUAGAGCGAGACAUCAUCGACAUCCCGCAGCUCUUUAAGAUCAGCAAUUCCAGUGCAGAGGCAUACUUCCCAGACAUGGUGAACAUGGUGGUCCUCGGAAAGUACCUGGGGAUCCCCAAGCCCUUUGGGCCCAUCAUCAAUGGUCGCUGCUGCCUGGAAGAAAAGGUCCAGUCCCUCCUGGAGCCUCUGGGGCUCAACUGCACCUUCAUCGAUGACUAUUUAUCCUACCACGUGCUGUUGGGCGAGGUCCACUGCGGCACCAAUGUCCGCCGGAAACCCUUCUCCUUCAAGUGGUGGAACAUGAUCCCCUGAGCCGACUCCCCUCCCAGCAUCCUCUCCUUGAGAACAUCCAUGUUGGAGGAGCCCCUCACCAGCACAAAAGACUCGGUAUUCUACAUCCGGGGGCCCGACAAUGCAGCAGGGCUACUCUUUUACUGUAGAAUACCAUAGAUUUAUUUUUCUUUUGAAAGAAAGGACCAACCUGAGAGAUCCAACCUCCAGGAAGUCCAGAAUGGAAUAGAUAGUGUUUUAAUGAAUCUCAAUGUGAAUGACCUUAGUCCCUCCCUCGCACUAGCAUAAAUAUCCCCAGUGGAUUUCUGCGAGGGAUUUUCUGGUUCGUGCAAUCGUACUGGACCUGCUGGAUGCAUUAAAGCUGUCCAGGUACUGGAGGCAACCGGGUGCUUAUCACUGGGCUUGCCUCUUUGGACUCAGGUUGUCCCUUAUAAGGGUUUGGCUUUAAAGGGACCACUCAUCUCCUGCCACCGGCUUCUCUCAGCAUCAGGGUCACAGCCGACUCCUUGGAUUCCAUCACCUCAUUUCAAUCCCUGAGGACAGUCAUGGUUGAUCCCUUUGUCUUCUUGUCUUUCCAAGACAAACAAGGAUGGGGAAACACACAUGCAUUUAAAUGUCCGGAUAAAAAGCCUCCUUAAUACCUAACUCUGUGGGCACUAAGGGCAGCGACUGCAUCCCGCUGGAAAGCCUUCAUUAAAAGUGCACACUGAAAUCGCCAGGGUGAUUGUGCCAUAGCUAAGAGCAGUCGAGAGAAAAGGGAAAAUGACAGUUGAAAGGAUCGAAAUGUCGGAAAGGAGCCAUGUAUGAAUGCCAGGACCCUGGUUUGGUCCUAACCAGCCUGGUUUCCCUUCAUUUCCCCUUUGCCCUACUAAUUUCCCCUGUAAUUUCCCAGCUGCAUUUUGGACAUGAUUGAAGAUGGUCAUUUAUCCAUUUCCAGCCAUCCCAGGCCACCCUGUGUCUUUGGAAGCCUGUGUGAGGAUCAAGUGUUUUGUGUCUGAACUGAGACUCCUGAUUGAAGAUGAAUUGGAUAGUCCAGGUGUACAGGCAAGCCAAUCCGGUCUCAUAGAAAGAAAAAGGUUAUCUCAGAAGGUGGGGUCUAAUUCCUCUAAUUUUCCUUAAUCAUCCUCCUUGGUUAUCAGGCAGUGGGAGGGUGAGUGGCCUUUCUUUCUGUUCCACGAGGACCCUGUCUGUAGUUGGAGUUUGGGUCUCAGUCCCUCCAUGAGUAAAACUUUGUGUCAGACUCUGUAUCCCAUCCCCCGGAGAGUAGAGAGAGCCCUGGAUUUUAAUUGUCUCUGUUCGUGGUGAAAUCAUCCAUGGGCCCCGAGCUGCUCCAAGGCAGAUCAGGCUGCAGCAGGCCCAGCAUGGCUUGCAAAGGGAAGCUCGUCCCUUACUCUCCAAGGCCAGUGCUGUUCCCCCUGAUGGAGGUCUGACCUCUUGGAUGGUCCGGUAGGGGUGCCCCAGGCCUGGAAUUUCCAGACCUUGGGGGACGAUGGGUAGGGAUGAUGAUGGUGGACAUGGCAACACUGACGACAUAGCUAACGACAACAACAUUCUCCUGACACCCAUCGACCUGGCUACUGGUCAUGAAACCACUCUGAUAGAACCUGGUGAGAGAAAUCAACUUCUUCUGGACCAGAGGGCUCAGCUGUUGAUGGAAUCCCACCUGGGAUAAGGGAACGGGGGAUUCUUUGGUUGUGGGGUUGGCCGGCCGAUCCUACAGCUGGCACCUGGAGGAGUGUGGAGUUGUGGGUGCAGUGUGGGUAUUCCGGGAAAGCCGCCUUCCCCCGCCCUACCCUCUGGCUCGGUGACUCCCUCUUGUUCUCCAGCGCUGGGAAUAGACUGGGGGUCACAUGACCAACCUCUCUGUAAUUGCUGCUGAUUGGGACCAUCACGGGUCAGGACAGUCUUCUCUGCCAAUGCUGUGAUGGUCUGCCACCAGAUCACCUCCUGGGUGACAAAUAAACAACUGAAACACAG